GUGCCUUCGCGACGGCCUCGCACGGUUCGAGUAGGACGGUAGGGCGUACGACCAAGCCACCGCGCGUAAAACGCGGCCAAAUCCCCCAACUCUCACAACACAUCUUGAGCAGCCCAUAGUAAACUUGGCCUUUGGAAGGUACCUCCAGAGCUUUGCCGAAUCUCUCCGAGUCAUCCCAUGGACGGCGUUGAGGCCCGGUCACCAGCAACCGUCUGGAGAUGCACUCCACGGCCCAGUAGUAGGUUCUUCAUGCGAGCUCUUUGAUGGAGGUGUGUCAUAUGAGCAUUCGAAUCUCUCGUCGGUCGCGCGAUGCCCUCGCGAUCUCACCUAUAGUCGUUUGGAUGCCCACCGAAGCGUCUUGCGCAAUAUGGUUCAUAUGCAACCGAGGUGGUUAUACAAUUUGACCCACAAACACUCCGCGCAUCUGGCCUUCAUCCUGACAUCGGCUCCGUAAGCAACUGGAGGUGCUCAACAUUGGAAAUGGCUUCCUACCUCUCAUGUGGUCUGGUGUGAUGCACUCACACCCACGUCCCAACCGUCCCCGCGAUAUCUCUAUAAAGCGGGACAUCGCUCGAAGCCAACACCAUGUCUCUCCCACUCGCAGGCCGCGACGCCAUUGUCACCGGGUCCUCGCGUGGCAUCGGCGCCGUGAUCGUGAAGCGUCUUGCGUCCCAGGGCGCGAACGUCGCCAUCAACUACGUCGCGAGCGCCGCCGUCGCGCAGAGCGUCGCGGACGAGAUCAACGCCAAGGGCGCGGGUAAAGCGAUCACCGUCCAGGCAGACGUCAGCUCCCUCGCGGGGUACCAGAAACUUGUCGACGCAGCGCUCGCAGGGUUUGGGCGGAUCGACAGCCUGGUCUUGAGCGCGGGAUACACGGAGUACGGGGCUUUGAAGGACAUCACCGAGCAGGAGUAUGAGAAGCAUUUCGAUACGAACGUGAAGGGACCUCUGUUCCUCACCCAGGCAGCCGCGCCGCAUUUGAAGCCCGGCUCCAAGGUAGUCCUUUUCUCCUCGUCGCUUACACACGGCUCCACCCUCUCUCCGAAUACCAUUCUGUACGUUGCGUCAAAAGGCGCCGUCGAGCAAAUCAGCCGUGCGCUCGCGAAGGACCUCGGGGCCCGCGGCAUCAACGUUAAGACUGUAGCCCCUGGACCGAUCGACACCGAUCUCUUCCGCCGUGGGUCAACGGAGCAGCAGAUCGCGUUCUUCGAGAGCAUCCAUCCGCAGAAGCGGCUCGGCCAGGCGGAGGAGGUCAGCAACCUCGUGCAGUUCCUCGUCAGCGACGGGGCGAGCUGGAUAAACGGCCAGACGAUCAGGGUGAACGGAGGCUACGUGAUUUAA